UUAAAGAAGAAACAUAGAUUAGAUAUGUUGGGCUUGAUUAAGACUAAAAAACAGGUUGUGACUAGAUUUGAUGUUGUAAGGCUUUGGGGGCAAGAUGAUGCAGGUUGGAACUUUGUAGGAUCGGACGGGGCAACGGGUGGACUACUGUUGAUAUGGGAUGAAUCGGUGUUCAAAAAGAAUAACUGUUAUAAAGGGGAGAGAUGGUUGUGUGUAGAAGGGAUCCUGAUAAAAAAUAAUUACAAUUGUGCUAUUUUCUUGGUCUAUGGUGCACAUAAUAGGGAUGCGAAGCUUCAAGUGUGGGAAGAGCUGAGUUAUAUGGCUGGGUUAUGUCAGGUUUCUAACUGUUACAUGGGAGAUUUUAAUGAAAUAAUGCAUGUGGAAGAAAGGCAAGGUACCGAUGUUCUACCUAGGUCGGCAGAAGAGUUCAGGAGUUGGGUACAGGAUAUGCAUCUAGUAGAUUUACCGCUAACAAAUCGCAAGUUCACAUGGUUUAGGGGACGCUCGUGCAGUCGAAUAGAUAGAGCUCUGGUUAGCGUGGAGUGGUUGGAAGAGUUCCCUGGGACUAGGAUAUGCGGUGGACCAAGGGGUUUAUCAGAUCAUUGUCCAGUGAUAUUGGAGCAUGCGAGGCAGAGGGUAGGGCCAAGGCCGUUCCGAAGCCUAGAUUCAUGGUUUACACAUGAGGGCUUCCUUAGCUUUGUGAAGGAGGAGUGGCGAGGAUUGGGGGAGAUGCCGUUAACAGAUAAAUUGAAGGCGCUGACGAUUCCGCUAGGGAAUUGGCAUAAGACUAACUUUGGGGAUAUGGAUAAAAAGAUUAUGAGGUUUGAGGAAGAAAUUAAGAAGAUUGAUGACUUGGUAAGCAAUGGGGUGUAUGAUGGAACGAUGGAGGCUAGAAGAAAGGCGCUGGUUACCUGCUGUGAGAGGUGGUAUGUCAGGAAAGAAGUCCAUUGGAAACAGAUGUCCCGGUCUCGGCACGCAAAAGAGAUGGACAAAAAUACAAGAUACUUCCACAACCUGGCAUCAGCGAGACGGCGAAAUAACAGGAUCGAUACACUAUUAAUCAACGGCAGGCUGGUAAGGAACCAAGCUAGAAUAAAGAUUGCUGCUGGGUCGUGUUUCGGUUGACGUUUGGGAUUUCGGAAUGUGACGUUGGUUGGGUUGUAGGAGAAGGAUUGGGAGAUGCUGGGUUUUGAGUUUCAUUGCAACUUUGAUUGUUCAACGGUAUCUGUAGUUGGGCAUGGCUCAUCAUCUACAACGUCUACCACUUCAACUUCCUCAGAUACAUGUGAAGGACAGAAGCAUUACCUUUUGAUCGCAUCUGAUUCUGAACUCUCCUCCUUCGCACAAGCUUGUGUUUGGACUUCCACGCUUCUUGCCCUACCGCUUUUG